AUGCCGGUAUGGGAUGUUUUUAACCGGAAAAAAUCAAGGAAGGUGCAGGAUGAAGAACCGAUCGAACAAACUAAGCAACCCUUCUCUACGGCUGGCGAUUAUGGACUCAAAGAGCUUGCAGAAGGAGACCAAGCCAUUCUAGACAUAGUAUUUGUUCAUGGCCUGACAGGGAAUCGCGAAACGACAUGGACAUACAACAAGACUCUGUUUUGGCCACGGGACCUCCUUGCCCAAGAGCUCCCAAACGUGCGUAUCCUCACCUUUGGAUACGAUGCAGAUAUCGUGGGUGUUUUGAACACAGCUGGCUCGAAUACCAUUCGCGAUCAUGGAAAAUCCCUUGCCCAGGAUCUUUCUAUGAGGAGGGUCAGAACACAAACGAAUGACCGCCCGAUCAUUUUCGUUGCUCAUAGCCUCGGAGGGCUGGUCGUUGAGCAGGCACUCUUGAUAGCGCGCGGUACCUCACAACCACACGUGAAGUCACUUCUUCCUAGUACCGUCGGGAUAGCCUUCAUGGGAACGCCGCAUCUCGGAUCAAACAAGGCAGAUUGGGCCUCUCCAAUCACUCGCCUCUCGAACCUGCUGCGCAAAACGAACCAAGAGAUCGUUGCUGUUUUGAAACCUGGGUCGGAGAUGCUGGCGAACCUCCAACAGGAAUUCCACACGAUGCUGGAAGAUCGAAGGAGGAAUGAGGGAAAGUGGGUUGAUAUCUUCUGCUUUUAUGAGGAGGUCGCAUACCCGGGCAUUGGAGAGAUCGUCCCACGCCAGUCCGCUAUCCUACGCGAAUACCCCAACGCCAGCAUCCACCAGAAUCACUCAGACAUGACGAAAUUCAGUGGCGAGACAGAUACAGGAUAUGUUCGAGUGCGCGAUCAGCUGUGGCUGUGGGUCGACGCGGUGAACAAGAACAAGAAAAAGCCAGAAGUGGAUACACAUGUGCCACAAACUCAACUGGAGGCAGAGGAUGCACCGCAGGCCGCCGCCUCAGAACCAAGAUCUAGUGAAAGGAGCCAACAGUACGACCAGAAUGAGUGCUCGCGGGCGAACCGCCAGAAUGAGAGAAAUCCAAUAUCAUCGGGCGGUGGUGCUAUCUUCAUGGGAAAUGUCAGGGCUGGGCGAGAUUUUACUUACAAUCAGAGUUAA